GACUGAGGUAUUUCAUAAAGAAACUAUAGGAAUUUCGAAAGUUCCUUCAAUUUUUGGUGGGGAGUACAUUGGCUUUGAUAGUAGAGACUGCUACAAUCACUUGAGGAAUGUGAGGCAUAGAGACCUAGAUUGCGGGGAUGCACAAUCAGUUCUUGACUACUUUAAGAACAAACAAGCUCAUAAUCCACAAUUUUUUUUAUGCAAUUCAAUGUGAUGAAAGUGGGAGGGCAGUUAAUUUUUUUUGGGUGGAUUCCCGAUCUCGCAUGGCGUACCAUUAUUUUGGAGAUGUGGUCACAUUUGACACAACAUAUCGAACAAAUAAGUAUGAUAUGCCUUUCGCACCAUUUACAGGAGUAAACCAUCACAUGCAGUCGAUACAGUUUGGAUGUGCACUUUUACAAGAUGAGACAGAGGUGACGUUUGAAUGGUUGUUUCGGACAUGGCUUGACGCUAUGGGAGGACGUCCUCCAACUUCUAUCAUCACUGACCAAGACUUGGGAAUGAAAGGAGCUAUUGCCACAGUCUUUCCCAACACCCGUCAUCGUCUCUGUCUUUGGCAUAUUAAGAAGAAAUUUGUUGAAAAAUUGUCACAAGUGUACUACAAGAGAUCGAAAUUCAAGAAGGAUAUAAAAAAUUGUAUUAAGGAGACAUACAAGAAAGAGGACUUUGAAGGGAGAUGGAUGUUAUUGAUGAAGGAAAACGAGUUAGAAAGCAACAAAUGGCUUCAAGGGUUAUUUGAUAUUCGUGAAUCAUGGGUACCCGUUUACAAUCGUGGUACAUUCUUUGCCGGUAUGAAUACUACCGGACGUAGUGAGGGUAUUAACUCAUUUUUUGAUGGUUUUGUAACUCACACGUCAAAUCUCAAAGAAUUUGUGGUGAAGUAUGAGAAAGCCUUGAAUAGGAUUGUGAAAAGGGAAAAUGAUGAGGAUUUUGAGUCCGAACAUAAAUUUUGGAUUGUUAAUGACCAUGAAUUUUUGUUGAAGCAUGCGGGAAAAGUGUAUACUAGAAAUGUCUUCAACAAGUUCAAGGAAUCAUGGAGUAAAGUCUUUGACUACAAAGUUGAAAAUGUGAGAAAUGGCAAUAGUUUUCAAUCUUUCGUAGUGAAGUCAAAAGAUGAUGAACUUGAAAAGUUUGAGGUGACAUUGGAUUCGCAAACCUAUGAGGGAAAGUGUGAAUGCCAACAAUUUGAGUUUGUUGGGAUAUUGUGUGCGCACAUUUUGAAAGUGUUUGUCCGACUAGACAUUGAUGAAAUACCGGAACAUUUUAUUCUUCCACGAUGGAGGCAAAAGGCCAAUAAAUUUAGGAUAAUUGAUUCCCAAGGAUUGGUGCAUGACGAUGGCAAAGAAGAAUCUGAGGCAUUAAGACUUAGCCAUAUGUGUCAAGAAGCUACGAAAUUGGCUUGUUUGGCCGCCCCAUCAAAUGAGGCAUACACAAUUUUUAUUGAAGGUAUGAAUGAUUUAUUUGAGAAGAUUCAAAAAGUUUCUAAGGUGUCUCCAAUUGAAAUUUGUGCUGACAAAGAUAAUGAGAAAUCUAUCGAGCCAUCGCGGGCUGAGAUAUUGCUUUUGGAUCCGAACAUCUCACAAUGCAAGGGUAGGAAAAAGGAUGUCAAGGGCAAAGCCGCUACUACACAAUCCGAAAGAUUGAAAAGUGGUAUUGAGAUGUCAUUAAAUAAGAAGAAAAGAAAGUGUCACAUGUGCUUUCAAUUUGGACAUGAUAAGAGAACUUGUCCUUCGAAUCCAAUGCGUAAAACUAGCAAAGACUUGGAAGAGGAAGUGGAAGGUUCAGAUAGUGACCAAGAGGAAGGCUCAGAUUGCUCUGAAUGAUCUCAGAGUAUUUUGGCAUGUUAGCUUUGUUUCGUAAUGUAAUGUAGUUAUUGUGCUUUAAAUUUGGAAUUGAAUGUAAUGGAAUUGA